GCAGAUCAGAAACAUAAUAAACAUGAGCUCUAAUAAUACUUGUUCUCUUUUGAUAUUUCUCUUCUCUCUACUUCUCUUGUUGAUCCUUAAUUCAGCUGCUCUCACUUCUUUGGACACUUGUCGAAACUACUGUGGAAAACUCGAUAUCCCGUACCCAUUUGGAAUCGGCAAGGGUUGCUACCUCGACAAAGGGUACGAGAUUGAAUGCAAAACUGUUUCCGGAAAAGACGUUCCUUUCCUUUCGGUUAGCAGCAAAGAAGUUGUAGAUAUCUCUCUUCCUCGUCAAAAUCAUGAUAGGUCCAUGUCACAUGCGUCACUUCACAUCAAAAGCCCUCUUAAUUCCAGCAAUAAACAAGGAUUUGGAUCGUUUUUGAAUUCUACGGGCCAGCGAAAUUCACAAUGGUUACAUGCUAAACAGUAUGCUACCCUUGAGCUUGAAUGGUCUUUGCGAACUACGAAUCCUUCACUCAUUACCUCCUUGGGAUGCCAGAAUAAGUUAGAGUACACUGGACUCUCUCACAAAAUAAGUUGCACAUGCCAGAAUAAAACUGAUAUUUCUGGUAUUAUCUACGCAAGUUGUGGCUGCACAGAGGGUUAUAGAGGUAAUCCAUACCUCUUGGGUGGAUGCAUAGAUAUCAACGAAUGUAAAGUAUAUGAUGAAGAAGAGAAUCCUAAAUACUGUGGGGAAUACCCUUGUGUGAAUUUCCAAGGAGGCUAUCGUUGCAACUACAAUCCUUAUUAUGGUCUAACGUCGCUUACUCUACGUAGUCGGGUACCUCCUUAUUGUUGUAGGCGUGUUGAUGUUACUUGGAUGAAGGAAAACAGAGUCGUGGAUAUCAUCGAUGCUCGAAUCAGAGAUGAUUGCAAGCUGGAACAAGUCAUGGCGGUAGCACAAGUUGCGAGAAGGUGUCUGAAUCUGAAGAGAAUCAAGCGACCAAGCAUGAGGCAAGUGUCGAUGGAAUUGGAAAUGAUUCGUUCGUCUCCUGAAGAUAUGCAACCACUUGUGUAUGUUAGUGAAAACGAGGAAGAAGCCAUGGAAUUGAAUAUAAGGGUAGAAUCGAGGAACGACGUGGUUGUUACCGCACCAGCGUCUCAAUACAACGUUGCUGCAUCAUCUUCAUCGUGUUUUGGUGUUUAUGGUAUAAGGUAUCUCUAUAAAGGUCGCCAAGUCUCUAGUGAUGAUUCUCGUUUCGUUGCUCGCUCUUGUCCUAGAACAUGUGGAGGAAUCGACAUCCCCUACCCAUUUGGAAUCGGAAUGGGUUGCUAUCUCGAGAAAUGGUACGAAAUUGUUUGUGUUAACAACUCUGUUCCUUAUCUUUCCAUAAUUAACAAGGAAGUUGUGAGUAUCUCUUUUUCGGAUACGUAUAGCCGGUUCUUUGACGUAGGGUACGGAUCGAUUCGCAUAAAAAACCCAAUAACUUCAAAGGGAUGCUCAAGUGGCGGACAAGAGCUUGGAUCACUUUUAAAUUUGACAGGUUACCCUUUUUACCUUGGCGAUAACAAUAUGCUCAUAGCGGUUGGCUGCAACAACACGGCAUCAUUGACAAAUGUCGAGCCAAGUAUUGUCGGAUGCGAGUCUACUUGCAGCAGAAAACAACAGAUGCCUAUAAAUGAUUAUCUCGGGGUAGUCUACUGUAAUACUAAGAGUCGCGGCUCCGAGUUUUGUAGUAAAAUUUCCACUAUGAAUGAUACAAGCUGUAACGGUACUGGAUGCUGCAAGGCAGGUAUGCCCGAUAGGUAUCAACAGAUUAUUGAUGUGGAAAUAGAUGAUAACAACACACAAUCGAGAGGAUGCAAAGUUGCCUUCUUAACUGAUGAGGAAUACUUUUUGUCAAAUGGAUCUGACCCGGAGAGGCUUCAUGCUAAGGGAUAUGUUACGGUUGAGCUAAGAUGGUUCAUCCAUACGGCGAAUCAUUCCUUCAUAGGCUCUCUAGGAUGCAAAAGUAUAGAAGAGUUCACAGUUCUAAGAAGGGACAAUGCAAAAGUAGACGGAGUCGGUUGCCUUUGCGACUAUAACUCUUCAAGCUAUGCAACAUGUUCAUGCUCUAGUGGUUACGAAGGCAAUCCAUAUCUUCCUGGCGAAUGCAAAGAUAUUAAUGAAUGCGUAAGAGGCAUUGGUGGAGAACAAAUAGUCUGUCCGAGAGGAAAGUGUGUCAAUUUGCAGGGCGAUUAUAGGUGUGAGUACACAAAUCAUCGACCACUUGUUAUAGCUCAAUCUCCAUCUUCUUCUUCAACUUCAUGUAAUCGAAUCUGUGGAGGCAUCGAGAUUCCUUUUCCUUUUGGAAUCGGACGACGAGACUGUUAUCUCAACGACUGGUACGAGGUUGUCUGCAACACCACCAUCUCUGGUCCGUUCCUCUCCAAGAUCAACAGAGAAUUAGUUAGUAUCACUCUUCGAAAUAGCAUCGACAGUUCCUACGGAGUUGUUCAAAUCAAAUCUCCGGUGACUUCCUCCGGCUGUUCUAAACGACCCGAAAAGCCUCUUCCUUUAAACCUCACCGGUAAAGGAAGCCCCUUUUUCAUCACCGACUCGAAUCGUCUCGUCUCAGUUGGUUGCAACACCAGAGCAUUGAUUACAGACAUCGAAUCUCAGAUCACAGGAUGCGAAUCGAGCUGCGACGGAGACAAGACUCGUUUAGACAAGAUCUGCGGUGGUUACAGAUGUUGUCAGGCGAAGAUUCCGGCGGAUAGACCGCAAAUUAUCGGCGUUACCCUUGAAAGCUCUGGUGGUAACGCAACUCAAGGAAGUGACUGUAAAGUUGCUUUCUUGACGAAUGAGACUUACUCUCCGGCGAAUGUUACAGAGCCGGAGCAAUUUUAUACUAAUGGGUUUACGGUGAUUGAGCUUGGAUGGUACUUUGAUACAUCAGAUUCUCGGUUAACUAAUCCUGUGGGUUGUGUGAAUUUGACGGAAACAGGGAUUUACACGAGCGCACCAAGCUGUGUUUGUGAGUAUGGUUACUUCUCUGGCUUUGGUUACAGCAACUGUUACUGCAAUCAGAUUGGUUACAGAGGGAAUCCAUAUCUUCCUGGUGGAUGCAUUGAUAUUGAUGAAUGUGAGGAAGGAAAAGGACGAAACAGCUGUGGAGAACAAACUUGUGUGAAUGUUCCUGGAUCGUGGAGGUGCGAGCCGAAGGAAGCACAGAAGAUCAAGCCUGUGUUUCAAGGUCUUGUUCUAGGUUUGGCACUGUUGUUCUUGGUUCUUGGGAUAUGGGGAUUGAUCAAAUUCGUUAAGAAGAGAAAGAAGAUUAUCCGAAAGAGAAUGUUCUUUAAACGGAAGAAACGGCCAUAUAUGAGAGAGGUUUCAAUUGAGCUUGAGAGGAUCCGUUCAUCACCUGAGGAUUUGGAGGUACAUAUUGAAGAAGAGGACGAAGAGGAAACCGCCAUGGAAAUCAACAUGGAUGAUUCUUGGAGCGUCGACAUGACUGCUCCAGCUUCCCUCUUUGAUUUAUCGCCCAAGUUAGAUGUUGAACCGCUGGUUCCUCAAAGAACAUGGUGAUGAUGGAACCUGAAACACUACAAAUGUGCAAAGUGCUGUUCAAUUGUGUGAUAACAAACCCUUCAUUAUAAU